GGAAGUCCUACACUUCAGAGGACUUUCUGGCGAGGCGCGUCAGACGCUCCUUAUGAGAGGAGGCGGCGGACCCUUCGCCACCAGUGAGGGACCGAGGCAGGAGGAGAAGGACGCCGAGCCGGAUGCCAGUGGGGUGAAGAGAGAGACCCCCUCCUCCUCUCCCCACCGCCGCGGGUCAGCCGAGACCGAGAGACGAUGAAGAGCCAAAUCUCCAGCGCCCUCUCCGACUUCUUCUUCGAGUAUGAGACCCCGCGCCAGGUGCUGGUGAGGAACAGGAGGGUGGGAGUGGUGUGUCGCCUGAUCCAGCUGGGGGUCCUGGCUUACAUCAUCGGGUGGGUGUUCAUCUACGAGAAGGGCUACCAGUCCACGGACACGGCGGUCAGCUCCGUCUUCAGCAAGAUGAAGGGAGUGGGCUACACCAACGUGAACGGAUCCGAGAGGGUGUGGGACGUGGCCGACUACGUCUUCCCGCCGCAGGGAGACUCGUCUUUUGUGGUGAUGACAAACUACAUCAUAACUGAAGGUCAGCAAAUGGGAAAAUGUCCAGAGCUCCACGGCAAGGCCAACUGUACCACAGACGCCGACUGUGAAGGAGGGAGUUUCAAACGUACGGGACAUGGACAAAUGACGGGAUUGUGCGUCCCUGCCACCAAGACCUGCGAGGUGUUGGCUUGGUGUCCUGUUGAGAACGAUCACAACAUACCAGACCCCCCUCGGCUGAUGUCUGCAGAGAACUACACGCUGUUCAUCAAAAACUCUGUGACUUUCCCCUUGUUCCAGGUCACAAGGAGUAACCUGGUGGAGGGGAUCGAUAACGCUUACAUCAAGAAAUGCCUUCACGAUCCAGAGAAGGCCCCGCUGUGUCCCAUAUUCAAACUGGGAGACAUCGUCAAACUGUCCGGCUUCAAGUUCGAAACAAUAGCUAAAGAGGGAGGGGCCAUAGGUAUCGUAGUCGACUGGACGUGUAACCUAGACGUGGAUAUAAAACACUGCAAACCAAAGUACAACUUCCAUGGUCUAUAUGGAAACCCCACUGAGACGGACAAAGCCAGAGCUUCGGUGGGAUACAAUUUCAGGUAUGCAAAGCAUUAUCUGGACGGCGGCGUUCAGAAGAGAACCCUUCAUAAAGUGUUUGGGAUCAGGAUUGAUAUCAUUGUGCAGUCACUGGCAAGAAAGUUUGAUAUAAUCCCAACACUGACGGCCAUAGGUUCCGGAGUGGGCAUUUUUGGAGUGGCAACCGUAGUGUGCGACUUGGUGCUGCUCUAUUUGCUACCAAAAAGAGAAUUUUACAAGAACAUGAAAUUCAAAUACACAGACACACAAGCACAGCAUGACAGCGAGUCGCUUGGUUUAGACACAAGCGUCUAUUACACCCUUGAAGCAAAUGCAAGACAAGCCCAAGACACUGACCGGUCCAACGACCCUGAUUCAGAGGCCGGGAGCUCAGAGAAUGAGGCAUCUAAAAAGUGACUUGGGAGAAAAAAAAAAAGAUUCAAAGGUGUGCUGCACUGGAACCCUGCAAGACAACACACACACUCUUACACAAAUGGACUUGGGACUGGAGAGUGCACAGUCAAAUGACACUGAUCCGCGUUCCACUCUUCUCCUCUCGACCUCCGGCGGCAUUCCUUCCCUCCAAGAGACUGUGACUCUCACUGUCGUAGCCGUAGCGUAGCUAAGCUGUGUGCUUUCUUUUGGGUGUGGUUCGUUUUUUUUUUUUUACUUUCGUCUCCACUUUAGGUGUCAUCUCCACCUUCCAAAACUGUCUUCACAUCUGUGCAGGUGAAAGAUUCUGGCACCCCAGCACUCGCGUGUGUGUGUGUUUACACAAGUCGUCCAUUACCUCUGCCGCUGUCUUUGUCAAAGCAAGAUAUACACAAGUAACGCGUGGGUGACCCGCCACUGUCGGAGUGAUUCAUCCCCGUGUGCACUUUGUGAUCGACAGCUGAAUUCAAUAAAUGAUGUAAAGUACCA